AUAGACGAAGACCCAAUUAAAGUCCAAACACAAAUCUAGACCCCAUACGAAAAAACCUAAUCCCCAGGCUUUUCUCCUCUUUUAUCUUCUUUACUACUUUCCAUUUUUUUCUUCUCUCAUUGUUCUUCACCAUGUCUAAUGAAAUCAAAGAUCUAUACAGCUACCAGUACCUGUCAUCCUUGUCUUUGUACGAACUGAUGAAUCUACCUACUUCAACUCCAUCUUCUUACGGAAACAACGGUUUUGUUCCAUCUUCUUACUCCUUAGCCGAUUGCUUCCAAAGCUCUCCCGGAGCAGCGUACGACUCUUUACUUCAUAAAACUUUAGGUGUUUCUCCCUCUUCCUCAGAGGUUUUCAACUCUUUGGUCGAUCAAGAAUCGAAGCACGAUGUAACUAAUGACGUUAUCGGUGAGACCCCAACUAGGGUUUCAGCAUCUUCUUCCUCUAGCGAGGCUGAUCUUCCCGGCGAAGAUUCCGGUAAGAGCCAGAGGAAACGAGAGCUAGUUGGAGAUGGAAGGGAAGAAAAUCAAAAUCAAAGCUCCAAAAAAGUUGGUAAAACGAAAAAGAAGGAGGAGAAGAAACAAAGAGAGCCACGAGUCUCGUUUAUGACUAAAAGCGAAGUUGAUCAUCUUGAAGAUGGGUAUAGAUGGAGAAAAUACGGCCAAAAGGCCGUCAAAAACAGCAUUUAUCCAAGGAGUUACUAUAGAUGUACAACGCAAAGGUGCAAUGUGAAGAAGCGAGUGGAGAGAUCGUUCCAAGAUCCAACGGUUGUGAUUACAACUUACGAGGGUCAACACAAUCACCCGCUUCCGACUAAUCUCCGGGGAAGUUCCGCCGCGGCUGCUAUGUACUCUGCUGACUUCAUGACUCCGGGAAGCUUCACUCAUGACAUGUUUCGGUCGUCUGCUUAUACUAGCGGCGGUUCUGCGGCGGCAGCUUUGGAUUACGGAUAUGAACAGAGUAGUUAUGGUAGUGUGAAUGCAAACCCUAACGCUCAUCAAGAGUAUCGCCAAGGAGGUGAAUAUGAGCUCUUGAAGGAGAUAUUUCCUUCUAUUUUCUUCAAGCAAGAGCCUUGAUUGAUCCAAGCUUGAAACUACAUAUAUACACUUAUAUAGUGCUACUAUAUACAUAUAUUAAGAGAGAGGGAGAGAGAAUUCCAAUAUAUAUGCAACUUAAUAUCUAUUUUCUCUCUCUUAUUUGCAUGUACAUAUAUUUUUCAUGAGAGAAUGAGACAGAAAUUGAGCUUGGAUUAUAUUUAGUGAUAUAUGUUUAAUGUGUUACCAUUAUAUUUUGUUUGUUUGUUUGUUUGUUUUGCUGUAAUAUUGUAGUUCCUCUA